UUUCUGCUUCAGCUCACUUCUAUUCUGGUCACUGAGGCUGACAGCCACAGCUCUAUGUCCCAUACCUCCAGGCUUUUUUACUAUAAAGGGAGAACACACUUCACCCACACGCAGCAGAGACCUACACAAACAAUUCUGGUACACAGAGAGGAUAUUUUAAAGCAAACUGACAGCGUGGAGAACAAAAGGCCAAGCAUUUAAAGGAAAGCAUGAAGGGGUUUCAAGCUAAACAAAAGAAGCAUGCUGCUUUGCAAUAAAGGACCAAUGAGAUGCAGCUUUUUUUCCUCUUGAAUUAAAAUCCUUACACAAAAUAUCACUGUGUACUCUGACUGGAAAGCAGACAGAAAUGAUUCCACCAAACAGCACUAUGGAGGAUACUGUGGAAAAAGAGGAUGAACUUGGGGGUAUCGAACAACCUCACUCUCCAGCCUCUACAAGCAGCCAAGAAUCUAAGCUACAGAAGCUUAAGAAAUCACUUUCAUUCAAGACCAAGAGCAUCCGAAGCAAAAGUGCAGAAAACUUUUUUCAAAGGACUAACAGUGAUAUGAAACUCCAAGUUGACCUGGAGCCGGAAAUAAACCCAAUUUCUUCCAACCAGAUUCUACCCUGUGAGAGUCAGUCCUCUACUCCAACCAAAUCAACUGUCCAGCCAGCAUCUGAUAGCAGGUCUCAUGCUUUCCAAGAACAUAUAUUCAAAAAGCCCACAUUCUGUGAUGUAUGCAACCACAUGAUUGUAGGAACAAACACAAAGCAUGGCCUGCGAUGCAAAGCUUGCAAGAUGAGCAUCCAUCACAAAUGUACAGAGAGCAUCAGUUCUCAGAGAUGCAUGGGAAAGCUGCCAAAGGGUUUUCGUCGCUACUAUAGCUCUCCUCUUCUCAUACAGGAACAGUUUGGGUGCAUUAAAGAAGUAAUGCCAAUAGCAUGUGGUAAUAAAGUGGACCCCGUGUAUGAAACCCUACGGUUUGGGACAUCUUUGGCACAGAGGAACAAGAAGAGCAGCUCUGGAAGUGGGUCCGACUCUCCCAAUAGGAACUCUACUACAGAUCUACUUGAAGUACCAGAAGAGAGUGAUUGUGCAUUCCUACCAAACACAAGUAGGCAGCGCAGUAACAGUGUAUUUAGCUACUUAGAAAAUGGCACAGACUGCUUCAGCUUCAGGGAAGGCUCAGAGCAGAAGAACAUUGCAUCUGUGUUGCCUGUAAAUAAGGAUUCAGCAGAUAGUUUUGUUGCAUUGUACAAAUAUGUUCCACAAGAGACCCAAGACUUAGCAAUGAGACCCGGUGAUAAAAUAAUUGUUCUAGAUGAUUCCAAUGAAGAUUGGUGGAAGGGUAAAAUAGAGGACAGAGUGGGAUUUUUCCCUGCCAACUUCGUUCAAAAAGUCCAACAAAAUGAAAGGCUUUUCCGAUGCAACAGGACAUUUAUUGGAUGCAAAGAACAAGGACAAAUAACGAUUAAAGAAAAUCAGAUUUGUGCAAGUUCAGAAAUGGAACAUAAUGGCUAUCUGAGAGUAAACUGUGGGAAGAAAAAUGGCUUUGUGCCUACAGAUGUGCUGGAAAAUAUCUGACCAGCUUUGAAGUGUAAGAAAUUGGACAAGCUCUCUGGACGCAGGUUGGAUUCUGUUGCAUCAUGGAAGAUGAGGCCUAUUGACCUACUUGGAGAAGAUAAGCAAGACAGCAGGGGACUGGUUUACCUAUUAUGAUAUUUAAAUAGGUUAAACAUUGGAAUCAACUGCAAUGAAAGAGGUGCUCAGUAACAGGAAGUCAAACAAAUGCAAUAAACCCCUCUGCAUAGCUUAAAAAGAAACUGCUCAGAUGGGUUUUUGUGUUUUUAUGGACUAGACAAAUAUGUAGCAACAACUCUGUAUGGCCCUCUCCUAGGUGGCAACAUUAAAGAGGGAGCUGGGUUUGAACGUAACUUACAUUAGGAUGAAACUGGCAAGCGUUCUUAAGUAUAAACCUUCUGUUUUGGAUGUGAAGUGAAGACCAAAUUGUUCAGUUUGCGUUUCCCACAUUCUGACCUAGUCAUGAAUAUUGUCUUCUUCUUAGGGAAACAAUUUUCUGUUUGUUUAUAUAGUUUUAUCAGAGGUCUGAUGUUGUACAAGAAUUGUUUUUGCACAAGUAAAUGUUUUUGUAGAAGAUAAUUAUUAAGCAUACAGAUGUCAUCUUCUCUAGGUUUUCUUUGACAUUUAUCUAGAAUUUAGUGAUGUUAAACUUUAUCUGAUUUAUGUUUAGUGAUGUCUUUCUUUCUCUCUUUCUUUCUUUCUUUCAUCUUCUCACUCCAAUAUAAUGGGGUUUCAAUCAUCCCAUCAUUCCCAAAAACUUAAAGUUCAUGACCAAAUAAUUCUAUGCAUUGUCUGCCUAUGGUGUUUUUUUUAGAUUUUUGUAGAUUAGUAUGUCAGACAGUCUUUAGUUUAACAAUUUAAAAAUUUAAAGGGGAAUUACAACCAAAAACAGCUUUGCCUAUUGAAAGAAAUUAUUAUUCUGAGUUGAACUAUUUUAUAAUUUAUACAUUAAAUACAAAAUUUCAGCUAUUGAUCAUUUAUUUACAUGUAACUACAACUGAAAGCAUUUUUGUUAAUGUUGUUAAUUAACUCUUCUCCAGGUCCGUUACCCAGCUGGCUUCUGCUACAUUGAUUGGGAGUAUGAAUCAGAAAAGCAGUAAACAGUCAGACAAAUACUGUUUUUAAUAGCAACUUCAUUUCCACCACCCCCUUCUGAAAAUUGUAUAUCAACAUUUUGUUUAAAACUACAUUUUCUUUCAUUAUCCAAAAACAGUUUUUAAAAUUCACUGAAUAUAGUUAUUUGUAUAUUCAGCAGAGAUGCUUAUUAUACGUCAAGAAAAUGUAUACAUAUGGAAUGGGUCUGCAUUCACAGGAAUUGGCAAGUCUUUAUAAUGUUAAUAAAAACUGCACCAUAAACGGAGUAAGGUUUUAGAGUGCUCAACAUGGUUUAAACAGGGUGUGAAAGCUUUCUUUAAUUUAUUUAAAUAUUAUCACCAUAUAUAAUCAUAUAUUGUAUAUUCAGAUGGAGGCCAUUGUAUUGCAAAAGUUGUAAGGCAAAUGGCCAUAGCAUCUCAUACUGCAUUUCAUUUUCAAAUGAUUCUUUUGGCUCUAGAUUUUUUCUGCCUGUAUUCGCUACACAAUGUAAAAAAGACUAUUCAUUAUAAAUUACUGCAAUAAAGACACAAAUUAAAUGUAGUUUUUAUUAUGAUUUCAAAUUAUUUCACUAGGGGUCUAUGCACAUUUUGCCUUAAAAUAUCACAAACAUGGUAUUUGAGCUGAAGACAGAUCUUGGUAUCAAAGGAACCAAAUAUUUACAAAAACUUCGAAAAUACAGAGAAAGCAGACCCUGCAGCUGCAGGGGGGCACAGGAGGUAUAAAGG